AUGAAAGCAAAAACAAAACAAAAUGCGGUUCCCGCAAAAUUGCUCAAAAAUUCUAUAUUUUUACGGAAAAUUCGUGUCAGUCCUGUGUUAAAUAUCGAUAUUCUUAUUUCCAAAGAUGGAAAACUCUUUGAAAUACAAGACGGAGGAGUAAUAAACAAUUGUACCUUGAAAAAAAUCGAUGCAAAAAGCACCUUGGAGUUUCAACUGUUCUUCAACUACCAAAAUUCAUCGAGAAAUGUAUUUUAUUUGAUCAAAUCCGGCAAAUAUUUGAACAUAAUUCAACGAAAAUCAACCCUUGAGCUGUUAACUUGUUAUGAAAACGUACAAAGUAUCAAAAUUUUAUCAAAUUCAGGACAUCCGAGCAUCGAAAUUCGUCUUUUAGACUCAUCAACUAUCGUUACAAACCUCAUUGACGAUGAAAAUCCAACGGAAAAUGCUCCAUUCGAAGAGCCUGAUGAUCAAAUCGUCAAAAAAGCGAAAGAAUUACUUCAUGAGGAAAAAGUAAAAUGCCAAGAAUCGUUCGAUUCGUAUGCGAAUCUUUAUCAAAAUGUAUGUGAUGAACUCAAAACAGCUCCAAAACGGUUAAGAAGUGAAAAUCAAUUGGAAAAAGUCAUUCUCGUACCUUACGCAAACAAUUGGAAACGCGUUCAUAAUGGAAAAUUCAUCUUGGGCCUUCCAAUUCUUAAUGCUACAUCUCAAAGACCAAUAACAGCUUUAAACAUCACAGCAACAGUUUUCUGCGAGGAAAUAACGGAUUUCGAGUACAAUUCUUGUCUUUAUCGAUGUGCUGAGGAUUUUCAUUCUGUGGAAGAAUUGAAACAAAAGUUACAAAAUUUUGAAAAUGAAGAAGAAAAUUACACGGAUCUACAUCGAGAUCCAAAAUUUGAAGAAGAAUGGACCGUUAGUGAAAAUGGAAACUUACAUGGCGAGGAAUCAGGCAUCGUGAUUGUUACUAUGGAUGUCAAAUUAUUACUUGAUAAGGCUGUGAACUUACAAAAAGAUGUUUUUACGUUCAAUUGUUUUGUAAAUUAUCACGUAAAUGACGAGAAAAAUGUUCAACACGAUCUUCAAUUGCACUUUGGUGACGUACAAAUUACACAAAAAGAGCUUUUUUGUACCGAAUUAUGGAUUAAUUUUAAACAAGAAUGUCUAAUUGAUCUUCUUGCAGUAACAACAAGUACAUCAUCUAUUCAUCUGUCAUUCGUUUAUGCUUUUGAUCCCUUUAAAAGAAACAGAAAUUCAGGAUUUUCUUGUAAAAAAUUUUGGAUUCAACUACAUACCUAUAAAAACUUCAGAAAAUUUAAUUGAAACAACAUUUUUUGAAGUUAUACCAAUGAACGAAAGUUUUGUAAGCUCAUCUCUUCUGUACCAAAAUGAAGGAAUUUUAAAAGGAAUGGUUGUUCGUGUGCAAAAAUCAACUUCAACAACGUUCAAUGUCAAAAUUUACGGAAACGAGACUCAAUUGGUGUCUCUUGUGAAGACUUUUGUAUCAGAAUUCGAUGAAAAAUGUAAAAUUACAAUGAGAGAAAAUGCAGUAGAAAAAGAAAAAUUGAUUCAAAAUCUUCGAUAUUCAUUAAUUGAUGAGAUACAACACAUAAUUGGCACAGAAAAGGACAAAAAUGGAUUUGAAAAGUUCAUCAGAGAUCAAAGUUCAAAAGAAAUUCUUUCAGAUAUUGCUUGUGAAAGACUUUUAUCGACAAA